ACAAAUUUAUUUGAAAAAAUUGAAGUAUUUGAAGGCGAUGGGUUUGUGGGUGUAGUGGGCUUAUAGGGUGUUAAUAAAGUUAGGUGUGGCUUCCUGAAUGUAUACGGACCUUGCAAUGUUGUUGCUCGAGCCAAGCUGUGGAAUGAUAUCACUAGCCAAAUCAAGAAUCGAAAUUGUAUUUUCUACAUUGGGGGUGAUUUCAACUGUGUUAGAGGAGGGCAUGAAAGAAAAGCUUGCUAUGACAAGAGGUAUUAGUGACCACUGCCCUAUUAGCCUUAGCUCAAGCAACUUUGACUGGGGUCCUAAACCUUUUAGAUCAAUUGAUAGCUGGACUUCUCACCCUGGUUUUAGUCAAAUGAUUGAGAAGUCAUGGAACUCUUUCUAUGUUAAAGGAUUCUGGGGUUUCAAAUGCAAAGAGAAGUUAAAGCUUCUCCGACAGAAACUUAAACAAUGGAAUAAGGAAGAGUUUGGCAACAUUGAUAGUCAAUUAGAAGAGGCUAUGAAGAAAGUUGAUUUUGUUGAUUUCAAAUGUGAAAAUCAGGACCUAACGGAGGAUGAUAUGCUCAAAAGAAAGGAGGGCUUUGUAGAUCUUUGGCAAUGCUUGAGGAAAAAAGAAAGUUUAUGGAGGCAAAAAUCUAGAGCUACCUGGGGAACCUGGAUUGAUGAUCCUGCACAAGUAAAGAAGAUUGUAAUGGACCAUUUCUCAAGCCAGUUCUCUUCUCAGCCCCAAUUACGACCAUCAUUACAGCACCUUCAGUUUAAUAAAUUAUCUGACAUGGACAGAGGGAUGCUUGAGGCAGAAUUUACUAUUGAGGAAAUUAGAGAAGUAGUCUCUUCUUGUGCUAGCGAUAAAGCUCUAGGGCCUGAUGGGUUUAAUUUUCACUUCAUCAAAUCAAUUUGGGAAACAAUUGAAGGUGAUAUUAUUAAUUUCCUCAAUGAAUUUCAUCAAAAUGGAAGGCUGGUUUGUGGCCUUAAUGUGUCCUACAUCACUCUUGUGCCAAAAAAGAAAAACCCGACAACCUUGCAAGAGUAUAGGCCAAUAACCAUGGUCGGUUGUCUUUAUAAAAUUUUGGCCAAAAUCUUAUCAAACAGGUUAAAAAAGGUCAUUGGCAAAAUUAUUAAUUCAAGUCAAUCUGCUUUUUUAGAAGGGAGACAGCUUGUGGACGGCGUCUUGGCCCUUAAUGAAUUGGUACAUUAUUUGAAAAUGAAAAAGAAGAAGGGACUCUUGUUCAAAGCUGAUUUUGAAAAAGCUUUUGACUCGGUGAAUUGGAACUACUUGGAUUCUAUGCACUUCAAUAUGGGCUUUGGAGAUAAGUGGCGAAGCUGGAUGAAAGAAUGCCUAUCUUCUGCUUCCUUCUCUAUUCUUGUUAAUGGUAGCCCUACACCAGAGUUCAAAAUGCAGAGAGGAUUGAGGCAAGGUGAUCCUCUCUCACCUUAUCUUUUCUUAAUUGUUGCUGAAGGCUUGCAUGCUCUACUUUACGAAGCUGAAAGGAAAAAUCUUCUUGAAGGUGUGGAUAUUAAUGAGAAUUUAUCUAUUUCUCACCUCCAAUUCGCUGAUGACACAGUUCUUAUUAGAGAUGCUUCACUUAAGUCCAUCAGAGCUUUCAAGUUUCUUCUUAGAUGGUUUGAAAUUGUCUCUGGCCUCAAAAUCAACUUUGGCAAAAGCAUCUUAUAUGGAAUUAAUACCGAAGAAAGGUGGCUUAGCAUGGCAACUUCUACCUUAAAUUCUAAGCAUGGGAACAUGCCAUUCAUUUAUUUGGGGCUCCCGAUCGGUGAUGAUCCACAUAAAAUCAGCUUCUGGAAUCCAGUGGUGGAAAAAUUUCAAUCUAAGUUGGCAGCCUGGAAAGGUAGACUUCUAUCAUUCAGAGGCCACGUUACACUUCUCACGUCGGUACUUUCAGCUCUCCCCCUCUUUUAUUUUUCACUUUGUAAAGUCCUUAAAGGUGUCCUUGCUGAUUUAGUUAAAAUUCAAAAGAAUUUUUUGUGGGGAGGUUCGGAUAGUUGUAAUAACAUUGCUUGGGUAAAUUGGGGUAGGGUCUGCCUUAAUAAAUCAAAGGGAGGGCUUAGCAUACCAAACCUUGCACUUAGGAACUCUACCCUUUUAGGGAAAUGGUGGUGUAAAUUCUAUGAUGAUGAUGAGAAUGGGAAGUUAUGGGAGAAAAUCAUUGUUAGUAAAUACUACGAAGGUGCUCCUAUUGAUUCUAUUACUAAUAUUGUCCAUUCAAUAUUGUCUCCUCUUUGGAAAGAUAUCCUAUCUAUUGGCAGAGAUGAUGAAAGAGCUUCUGCUUGUUUCAUUGAUGGUGAUGGUUCAAAAACUAGAUUUUGGAAGGAUGUUUGGCAAGGCAACUCUCCUCUUAUGGCUGAUUUCCCUCGCCUUUUCAACCUCACUCGAAGCAAGAAUCUAUUAGUUGCCGACUUAAAGCAACCCAACACAGAUGGAUGGGCCUUUCAAUGGCGCAUGCCUCCCUUUGGCAGGGAAUUGGACGAGCUUAGGGUGCUGGAAAAUAUUCUGAAAAAGGUGUUCAUCCCAUAUGAUAGAGCUGAUCAAGUUACAUGGAAACACAACCUGGUGGGAUACUCUACAAAACAUGCUUACAGGUUCCUUGAGAUCUCCUCAUCAUGUCUUGAUAAGAGCUACUGUAAGAUUAUUUGGAGUCCAUUCACACCAUCCAAAGUCAGUAUUUUUGCUUGGCGCCUCUUCUUAAAUCGACUUCCUACCAAGGACAACCUAAUAAUUCAUGGUGUUGACUUGGCUUCCAACUCAAAUUGUGUCCUUUGUGGGGAUUACAUAGAGGACCUCAAUCAUAUCUUUGCCACUUGUUGUUGUUCUCAAAAUGUCUGGAAGUGGGUUUGCUGCUGGUGGGGGGUUCCUUUUAUUCCUAUUGCAAAUGCUCCCUUGCUGAUUAUCGAACUUUGUUCACUUAUGGAUGCCAGGAAAUCAUGGAACUGUUGGGCUUUAUCUAUUCUCACCACAGCAUGGACAAUUUGGUACUUCAUAAAUGGUAUUGUGUUCAAUAAACUGAAUUGGGAAGAAAACAACAUUUAUGGUCUAAUUCAAGCUAAAACUUUUUGUUGGAUUAAAGGAAAAUCAAAAUCUGCAGUGUUUAGUUUUGGUGAUUGGUGUUGAUUUCCAAAUCUUUGUGCUGAUGGCAUUUAGACUACAAAAUGUAACUCUUGUCUUCCCAUUUCUUUUGUAAGGGUGAGUACCCCUUGUACUCUUUUA